AUGAAGUUCUCUGGAAUCCUUUUAUUAGCCGCCCUCUCCGCGGUGAGUGCUGCACCACUUCCCGGAUAUCCAAUUGCUGAAUCAUAUCCAAUUGCCGAAUCAUACCCAAUUGCCGAAAGAUCAUACCCAAUUGCCGAAUCAUACCCAAUUGCCGAAUCCUAUCCAAUCGCUGAAAGAUCAUAUCCAAUCGCUGAAUCAUACCCAAUCGCUGAAUCAUACCCAAUCGCUGAAAGAUCAUACCCAAUCGCUGAAUCAUAUCCAAUUGCCGAAUCAUACCCAAUUGCCGAAAGAUCAUACCCUAUCGCUGAAUCAUACCCAAUUGCCGAAUCGUACCCAAUUGCCGAAAGAUCAUACCCUAUCGCUGAAUCAUACCCAAUUGCCGAAUCGUACCCAAUUGCCGAAAGAUCAUACCCAAUUGCUGAAUCAUACCCAAUUGCCGAAUCAUACCCAAUUGCCGAAAGAUCAUACCCAAUUGCUGAAUCAUACCCAAUUGCCGAAUCAUACCCAAUCGCUGAAAGAUCAUACCCAAUUGCUGAAUCAUACCCAAUUGCUGAAUCAUACCCAAUUGCCGAAAGAUCAUACCCAAUUGCUGAAUCAUACCCAAUUGCUGAAUCAUACCCAAUUGCUGGAUAA